CUCCGAUCUCUGUCCCUCUCUCUGUUUCGAGACUCGAAACCGCCGUUUUUGGGCUUGCUAAGAGUGAAUCUGGUUGUUGUGUUGUUUCACUAGAUCGCCGCUUAUAUCCGUAAUAUACACGUAGAGUUUGAACCUUUUGGUAUUUUUAGUAAAUUUUUGACGCUCCUAUUUUACAGACGGUUCACUUCUUACACAUACUCAAAUCAGCCAAGUUUUUGUUUGCUAGAAACAAAGAUGGCUUCCGGGAGCUUUCCGGGGAAACAUUUGUUCUUGGUAUAGGCUGAGAUUCGCCCUAUUUGAAUAUAACAUGAUCUGCCCUUUUAUUUUGUUUCUUUUGUCGAUUUAUUGAUUUUAAUCAGUUUAACUGAGACAAUCAAUCAAUCAAUCUCUGACUUCGACGUUAGAAGAACUUGUUACUUAGCUUACAGGCAAUUUUGUUUUCGAUUCAUUUGCCGCCUAUAAAAAAAUCUAACGGAUCCGUUAACGUUUGGCUUGUAAAUCUCAGCUGGUAGCCAUACAUCUCAAGUGUUCGUUCUUCUGGGACCAGUUUAGGUUUUCUGAAUUCCAGUUUGUUACUCGACGCUUUUCGCCCUUAUGUUAUUCUGUUCAUUUUUAGUAAGUCUGAUGUGCACAAUGCAAUUGAGCAGAUCUAUUGGUCAUUUGCUUCUCUAACUUUCCCCUUUCUUCUAUUCCUUGCGUAUACAAAUGGUUUCUUUUUCCCCCUUAUUUGGGGGUGGGUGGGUGGGUUUGGUGGGUAGCUGAAGUGUGAACUUGUUUUUCGGCCUUUAAGAAAUUGGUUAAGUCGUUUAAAACGAUUGAACUUAUGCGGUUGCUUGGAAUUUCCAUCUGAUUAUUUUAUCCAUUUUCAUGCCAACUUCAAGUUAUCGCUUACUUGGAAUUUCCAUCUGAUUAUUUUAUCCAUUUUCCCGCCAACUUCAAGUUAUCGCUUACUUGGACUGAUUUUAGACUUUAUUUUUCUCAAAUACAAAGAACUUGUAGGCAGCUUCCAUAUUGGCGUGCCUAGUUGUUGAACCGUACUUGUUAAAGACAGUUAAAUCUCCAACUUUCUUCAAUUGUUUUGAAUAUGGAGCGUGUAUUUUUGAUAACAACGAGAAGUCGCAGCUACUACCUUUCAAGUGUGCACUAGGUAAAUACAUGAGGUGAUUAUUGACUGUGACCGGUCACUUGAACAAAAUGGAGGUUACAGGGGGCUAAACUUGUCCAGUUCUAUGGCCUUGCGUGACAUUUCUGCAAUGUGCGGGGGAAGAAAUAAUUCAAGCAAAGUAGAAAUCAGCUUUACCUUUGGCAGGACAACUAAGAACGACCAACAUAGAAACAGGACAACUGGCAUGGAAUUUGAAUCAGACUGGACAACACAUAGAAAGUCAUCCCUAUUUACAGCUGAAGCGAUACGUUCUGCAACAUCUUUCAUGCCUUGGUCUGGUGAAAUCUCUAUAUGUGAAGGAUAUCACGAAUUUCUCUAGUCAAAUGGUGGCAUUGGUUUGUUGAUAUUUGCUUUUGAGAGAAUUAUUUGUUCACCCAUGGGAGUUGCAUCAGCCUAUCAGCUUUUGGGUAGCUCUACAAUCUAGAAAAUGCCUGGUCUUGUUUGUCGAAAGAAGAGACUGGCAGAAUCAAGUAUGUGUUUCACCGAUUCUGUCCAACAGGAAACCACAACUCAUACAAAAAGCAAUCCAUUUUCAACUUCUCAGAUCACUGAUGAAUUUCUCAGUCCCAUCUUACCUGGUCUCCCUGAUGAUGUGGCAAAGUAUUGCCUUGCUCUUGUCCCUCGUUCCAACUUCCCGGCUAUGGGUGGUGUCUGCAAACGGUGGAGGUCAUUUAUACAAAGCAAAGAAUUCAUCACUGUUCGGAAACUUUCUGGCAUGCUUGAGGAGUGGCUCUAUGUCCUCACUAUGGAUAGUGAAGGUAAGGGGAGCUGCUGGGAGGUUUUGGAUUGUCUGGGACAAAAACAUAGAGAAGUCCCACCAAUGCCUGGCCCUGUCAAGGCUGGUUUUGGGGUAGUAGUUCUUAAUGGCAAACUUCUUGUCAUGGCUGGCUACUCAAUGAAAGAUGGAACCGGGCAUGCCUCUGCAGAUGUUUACCAGUAUGAUUCUUGCCUCAAUGGGUGGAGCAAAGUAACAAACAUGAAUGUGGCGCGUUACGACUUUGCUUGUGCUGAAGUUAAUGGUAUGGUUUAUGCAGUCGGGGGCUAUGGGACAGAGGGGGAGUCUCUGUCCAGUGCCGAGGUGUACAAUCCUGAUGACAACAAGUGGACUUUAAUUGAUAGUCUUCGCCGUCCAAGAUGGGGCUGCUUUGCCUGUGGGUUUGAGGGGAAGCUUUACGUUAUGGGUGGAAGGUCAAGCUUCACAAUUGGAAACUCAAAGUGUGUUGAUGUGUAUAACCCAGAAAGACACUCUUGGUGUGAAAUGAAAAACGGGUGUGUCAUGGUUACCGCUCAUGCUGUGCUGGGGAAGCAGCUAUUUUGUAUGGAGUGGAAGAAUCAGCGGAAACUAACAAUCUUCAAUGCAGAGGACAAUACAUGGAAGAUGGUGCCUAUUCCUGUUACGGGAAGCUUGAGAAUUGGUUUUCGGUUUGGGAUACUGGACGGGAAGCUCUUGUUAUUCUCGCUAGAGGAAGGCCCUGGUUAUCACACCCUGUUAUAUGAUCCUAAUGCAUCUCCGGGCUCCGAAUGGCAGACUUCUAGGAUAAAGCCAUCUGGGUUGUGCUUGUGCAGUGUCACGAUCAAGGCAUAAAUAAGCUAAGCUAAGCUGCGUUUCUGUUUAAAAAGUGAAAUAUGAUAUUAGGACGGCGGCUUAUGUUAGUUACUUUGCUGGGCGGUUUGGGUUGAAACUAGUAUGGUUCCUAUUCUCACCAUUGAUAUUCAGCUGUCUGUUUUUGCUAUAAUGAUCACUGGAUUUUAGAUCAUUCUGCUUCAGUUGUUAUGCUAUUACUCUAUGUUAAGAGUAUAUUGUGUUUCGGUGGUUUCAGUUAGUUUCAAUUGAAUGAAUGAGUGCCUUUUUUGUUUCUCA